AUGUCUUUGGAAGUGUUCACUGACUUAGAUGGUGCUAUCGAGGUAGUGCGGAUGCACUGGCUCGGCCAAGUCAUCAUUGCCUCUCAACAGCUGUGUAUAUAUUAUAGCGCUCACCCCUAUUGGCUUUGCGUUUCCGUCAGCCGUUUCUUCCUGAUGUUACCCAAGGUCCCUACGAAGCAUAAGCGACCCCGCGAGUGGCUUUUUCUCGUCAAAUUUUCGCCAGAACCCCAAGGUAGAGUUCAGACGCUCACUCGUUCGAAGUCCCCUUCCACUUCCUCCUCUCUGAGUGAUGAUAAUGAGCCUGCAAGCGACUCUGAAACGGGCGGGGAGGACUCGAAUUUCUGCAGUGAUUUAUCCGACCGAGCACCUCUUAUUGACCCAUUUUUGGACAAGGCACAACUUGAAGACGAAGUUGAGCGCUUCCAACGAGAACUACUAGAUGUUACAGCGCGCUUGAACCAGGCUAAAACACAGCUAUCCCUGGAACAGUCUAGACAACCAGCAGUUUACAACGACCAGCACUUUCAAAACAAGGUGACAUAUCUUCAAGAUAAAAUUAGACGGUGGACCAGUACCCAUUCUGUCGUGACUAGGCGGCAUACCUGGAAGACAGGAAGUUUCGGCCUUGGCUCAUCCAGGCUCGUGUGUGGGAUACUCUGCAACGGCGGGUAUUUGACACUUCUUAUUCUGACCCACGGUCUGGUUAUAUUUUUUGCAGGUCACGCUGGGAAAUACCCACUAGAGAGGUCAUUUGCGGAAGGUACGAAAUUCCUUUCAGACUGCCCAGAACCAAAGCAAAAGGUCUCAGCCGCUGAUUUAGGACCCAUACCAGACGCAAAGCAUAUCGUGAGUGGAGAGUCCCAAAUCUCUCACUUCUCUUUCAUGGAAAAGGAUCGAAAAGCACCGAUAUGGAAAACUUUGAGAAGAUAUACCGUCGAUAUGUCAUUGCCACUUGAAGUUGGGGGGACUGGACUAGACUUUGACCCCAAUUGUAUGGAAGAAGUCGACAAAAGGGAGGCCAGAAAAUACGUUAGAUUAAUAGUCUCACCUCUGCUGGUGAAGGGGAUAGAUAAGACCGACGGAACUAUCGAGCAUCAAAUGCUCAUGAAAGCUGAGGUUUGCUUGGAUACCGUCUGCAAACUGGCGCAGAGCCACGCCCAGCAGGCAAUGGCACCAAUUUACACUAGAAAAACACAGAAUCUGGCUUCCACAGGGCCACCCUAUCCAUACCUCAGGUACCGGGCUUCGCAUCCGUACCGAGACCCAAGACACAACCAGGAUUCCCGAAGACGGAGUGGUUCACAGGCAACACAGGCAAACACUAUCUCGAAACGUCAAGUUCGCUUCAUUUAG